AGACCGCGUGGUCGUCAUCCGCUUCGGGCACGACUGGGACCCCACGUGCAUGAAGAUGGACGAGGUGCUGUACAGCAUCGCGGAAAAGGUGGCGGCAUAACCACCAGGUGAUGUCCAGAUCCUGCUGCCCUCAGCGCGAGGCUAGGAUGGCUGGAGACCUGAGGGUUGGUUGGCUCUUCAUGUCUGAGCAAAACUCAGCAAGAUGCUCUUAGCUAGGAGGCAGAUUUUGUGUGUUAACAAAUGGCAGAUAAUGGGGGAUCCUCCUCAUCUUGUUACGAGCCCUGUUUGGAUAUCCCAGCUGUUCUGAAUCUCCCUGCCCUUAGGAAGGCAAAGGUUGGUGCUCCAUGACAUCGCUGCUGUAAUUGACAGCAAAACUGGAGGCAGCACAGCGUCCAGUGACAGAACCCAGUGCUGACCAUGUUUCUGAGCACUUAGGCCAAUCACAGCGCCAGGGAGGAAACUGACCCCUGUGGUCCUGCCCACAGCUCCUUCCCAGGUUAAAAAUUUUGCAGUUAUUUAUCUUGUGGAUAUUACAGAAGUACCUGACUUCAACAAAAUGUAUGAGUUAUACGAUCCGUGUACUGUCAUGUUUUUCUUCAGGAACAAGCACAUUAUGAUUGACCUGGGGACUGGAAACAACAACAAGAUCAACUGGGCCAUGGAAGACAAACAGGAGAUGAUCGACAUCAUCGAGACUGUGUACCGAGGUGCCCGGAAAGGUCGCGGCCUGGUCGUGUCUCCCAAGGACUACUCCACGAAGUAUAGAUACUGAGCCCUCGUCCCAGCAGAUACUGAGCCCUCGUCCUAACAGGCCUGACACAGGAAGUCAUGACCCAGGCGUGUGUUCCCUGCCCGUCUCCCAGCUCCGGAAGGUCUCUGGCAGCUUCAGCACCUUGGCAUGUGGAUGCUUCACCGGGCCCCGGCCUCACCUUCACGUGGCCUCUCCCCGUGGGCCUGUCCAGAUUUCCCCCCUAAUGACCCAGUCAUUAGCUGAGGGCCACUCGACUCCAGUGUGACCUCGCCUUAACCCAUUGCAUCUGCAGCAGCCCCAUCUCCAAAUAAGGUCCCAUUCUGAGGUCCUGGGGGUUAGGGCACCCAACAUGCGAAUUGGGGGUGAACACAGUUCAACCCAAAACAGAAUCCAAAGCCUUGAAUUCAGAAAGAAUACACACUUAAGGAAAAAGGUUUCAUUUUUCUGGUUAUAAAAAGUACAAUAAAAUAAUGAUUUUUGGAGCCUUUCUUUUAAAUAUAAUAUAAAGAGUAAGAGCAGUUCCUCACUCCUAAGAAUAAUCUGUUCUUUGUAGACAGUGUGCUUCACCCAGUAGUUUCCUUAUCCAUCUCAGGCCUCUUACAAAUCUCCUAGCCCAGCAGCAGAGUGGUGGCUGGGAGGGGGGUGUCUAACCGAGCACAUUGCUGCACAGACGGUGUAGAGUGUGUGCGGAGCUGGGGUGUGGGGUGUGGGGGGGGCACAGCUGGAGCCCUGCCUGCUUCCACCCCCCCACCCCCACACCCCGGCUCUGCCGCCUCCUCACAACCUCAGGCAAGUGGCCUCCUAGAGCGCCGUCUUUGGAGUGAAGGGGUGGUAGUGACCGGAGAGGAAGUCUGAGAUGUUCUAAAUUAACUGACAUUGGCCAAAGUGAGAGCGAGAGACGAGUAGUUAGCCAGUUCAUGGCGGGGCCAGCUGGCAGAAGACUGCACCGAUUCCCGACUGUGCGCUGGAGCGUUCUAUCAACCCCCAGGGGUCUCGCUGCCGGCCGCUGAACGUCACUGCGUCCUGCACACACAUGGACUUCCUGGUCCGUUGUCCGUAACCAGUGAAAAGUUGGAAAUGUUUCUUCAGACUGUGCACCGAUCUUAGGGCUGCCCCUGCCCCUUCCCACCCCAUAGCUGUAGCCAGUGUAAGUUCUUCGACACAUCUCCCUUCCCCAGAGGCAGGACCUCAGGCAGGCUUGUUUCCACCCAGCCCGGCUGCUGCUGGCGGCGCAGACCGCACGCCCCGGGACCUGCUGCUGCUCUCGCUACCAUGUGGCUCAAUAAAGCCUUUCUUUUAUAACACUU